AAAAAAAAAAAAAAAAAAAAAAAAAAAACAUGGCUACCCGGAGUAGCUGCUCAACUGUCGCCCAAAAGUGAAGCAAAAGUCCGGCGUUUUGCGAGCGACGAGGUCCCGGCUUGGGGGCUUGUGGAAACGGGGGAAGGAGGUCGGAGGAUGUCUCGCUGGGUGCCCACCAAGAAGGAAAAGUACGGCGUUGCAAUCUACAACUACGAUGCCCGCGGAGAGGAAGAGCUGUCGCUGCAGAUUGGAGACACGGUGCACAUACUGGAGACACAUGAACACUGGUUCAGAGGGCAUAGGCUGAGGAGGAAAUCCAGAAAGGGCAUCUUCCCCGCCUGUUACAUCCACCUGAAAGAGGCCACAGUCGAGGGCAGCGGGCAAAAGGAGACGGUCGUUCCCACCGAGCUGCCUCUGGUGCAGGAAGUCACCACCACGCUGCGGGAGUGGGCCUCAAUAUGGCGGGACCUGUACGUGGGAGACAAGCGCGAGAUGUUCAACUCGGUCCGUGACAUGAUCUACGACCUGAUCGAAUGGCGCUCCCAAAUCCUCUCGGGCACGCUGCCGCAGGACGAACUCUCUGAGCUCAAACAGAAAGUCACAUCCAAGAUUGACUACGGCAACAAGUACUUGGAUCUCGACCUGGUGGUUCGGGACAAGGACGGAAACAUUUUGGAUCCGGAGCUCACAAGCACCAUCAACCUGUUCAGAGCGCACGAGACGGCCGCCAAGCAAAUCGAGGACCGCAUCCAAGAGGAGAAGUCGCAGAAGCAGAACAUCGACCUCAGCCGGCAGGCCAAGUUCGCCUCCACGCCGGCCUUCGCCCUCUUCGUCACGCUCAAGAACGUGGUCUGCAAGAUCGGAGAGGACGCCGAGGUGCUCAUGUCGCUCUACGACCCGGUGGAGUCGAAGUUCAUCAGUGAAAACUACCUGGUGAAGUGGUCCAGCUCGGGUCUAGUGAAGGACAUCGACCAGCUUCACAACCUGCGUGCAGUCUUCACUGAUUUGGGCAGUGAAGACCUGAAGCGCGAGAAGAUCAGCUUCGUGUGUCAGAUCGUGCGGGUGGGCCGCAUGGAGCUUCGCGACAACAACACCAAGAAGCUGACGUCGGGUCUGAGGAGACCCUUCGGCGUGGCAGUCAUGGACGUCACUGACAUCAUCACGGGCAAAAUGGACGACGAGGACAAGCAGCACUUUAUCCCGUUCCAGCCGGUGGCGGGCGAGAGCGACUUCCUGCAGACGGUUAUCAACAAAGUCAUCAUGGCCAAAGAGGUCAACCACAAGGGCCAAGGCCUCUGGGUCACGCUCAAACUGCUUCCCGGCGACAUCCACCAGAUCCGCAAGGACUUCCCUCACUUGGUGGACCGCUCCACGGCCGUGGCUCGCAAGAUGGGCUUCCCGGAAAUCAUCAUGCCAGGUGACGUGAGAAAUGACAUCUACCUGACGCUGGUCCAGGGAGACUUUGACAAAGGGAGCAAGACCACCCCCAAAAACGUGGAGGUCACCAUGUCCGUGUACGACGAGGACGGCAAAAAACUGGAGAAUGUAAUUUUUCCCGGUGCUGGAGACGAAGGGAUCAGCGAAUACAAGUCUGUCAUCUACUACCAAGUCAAGCAGCCGCGCUGGUUCGAAACGAUUAAGGUAGCAAUUCCCAUCGAAGACGUGAACCGGAGCCACUUGCGCUUCACUUUUCGCCACCGCUCGUCGCAGGACUCGAAAGACAAAUCGGAAAAGAUCUUUGCCUUGUCUUUCGUGAAGCUGAUGAGGUACGACGGGACCACCUUGAGGGACGGUGAGCACGAUCUCACUGUGUACAAGGCUGAAGCCAAGCGUCUGGAGGACUCGUCCCUGUACUUGAACCUGCCCGCCACCAAGCUGGAACUGGAGGAGAAGGGCUACUCCAGCACGGGCAAGAGCACCCACAACCUGGGAAACUGCACAGUCAGCAAGGACUCCUUCCAGAUCUCCACCUUGGUGUGCUCCACCAAGCUCACGCAGAAUGUGGACCUACUGGGCUUGCUGAAGUGGCGCUCCAACACCAGCCUCCUGCAGCAGAACCUUCGACAGCUCAUGAAGGUGGAAGGCGGCGAGGUGGUCAAGUUCCUGCAAGACACGCUGGACGCCCUCUUCAACAUCAUGAUGGAGAACUCGGACAGCGACACCUUUGACACGCUGGUCUUUGACGCCUUGGUGUUCAUCAUCGGGCUCAUCGCCGACCGCAAGUUCCAGCACUUCAACCCAGUCCUGGAGACGUACAUCCGCAAGCAUUUCAGCGCCACGCUGGCCUACACGAAGUUGACCAAGGUUCUUAAGAACUACGUGGACAACGCCGAGAAGCUGACCGAGCAGCUGCUGAAGGCCAUGAAGGCCCUGGAGUACAUCUUCAAGUUCAUCGUGCGCUCGCGGGUCCUUUUCAACCAGCUUUACGAAAACAAAGGAGAGGCCGACUUCAUGGAGUCUCUGAGGCACCUGUUCACCUCCUUCAACGACAUGAUGAACAGCAACUCGGAGAAUACGGGCAUGGUGAAGGGUGCUGCACUGAAGUACAUUCCCACGAUUGUCAACGAUGUCAAGCUGGUGUUCGAUCCAAAGGAGCUAAGCAAGCUUUUCACCGAGUUCAUCCUAAAGGUUCCUCCGGGUCGCUUGGUGAAGCAGAAGCUCGACUGUCUGAUUGAUAUCGUCCACAGCGAUCUCUUUACCCAUCACGAUUGCCGCGAGAUCCUCCUGCCGCUGAUGACGGAGCAGCUGAAGUUCCACCUGGAGAGGCGGGAGGAGCCCAGGGCCUGCUGCCAGCUGCUCAGCGACAUCCUGGAGGUGCUCUACAGGAAGGACGUGGGUCCCACCCAGUGGCACGUGCAGAUCAUCAUGGAGAAGCUGCUUCGGACCGUCAACAGGACGGUCAUCUCCAUGGGCCGAGACUCUCCACACAUUGGGAGCUUCGUGGCUAGCAUGACCGCCACGCUGAGGCAGAUGGACGACUAUCACUACGCACAUCUCAUCAACACCUUCGGCAAAAUAAGGAGCGACGUGGUGGACUUCCUCAUGGAAACCUUCAUCAUGUUUAAAGACCUCAUCGGGAAGAACGUCUACCCCUCAGACUGGGUCAUAAUGAACAUGAUGCAAAACAAGGUCUUCCUGCGGGCCAUUAAUCAGUAUGCGGCCGUGCUCAACAAGAAGUUUCUGGAUCAGACCAACUUUGAGCUGCAGCUGUGGAACAACUACUUCCACCUGGCCGUGGCCUUCCUCACGCAGGAGUCGCUGCAGCUGGAGAACUUCUCCAGCGACAAGCGGGCCAAAAUCUGCCACAAGUACCAGGACAUGCGGCGGCAAAUCGGUUUCGAGAUCCGGGACAUGUGGUACAAUCUAGGGCCCCACAAGAUCAAAUUCAUCCCCGAGAUGGUGGGCCCCAUCCUGGAGAUGACACUGGUCCCCGAGAUCGAGUUGCGCAAGGCCACCAUCGCCAUCUUCUUUGACAUGAUGCAGUGCGAGUUCCACUUCACGUGCAGCUUCCAAAGGUUCGAGAACGAGAUCAUCACCAAGCUGGAUCACGAGGUGGAGGGCGGCCGCGGGGACGAGCAGUACAAAGUUCUCUUCCAGAAAAUUUUGCUGGAGCACUGCCGGAAGCACAAGUACUUGGCCAAAAGCGGCGAGAACUUCGUCACCCUGGUGGUGCGCCUGCUGGAGCGUCUGCUGGACUACCGCACCAUCAUGCACGACGAGAACAAAGAGAACCGCAUGAGCUGCACCGUCAACGUGCUGAACUUUUACAAGGAGAUAGACCGAGAGGAGAUGUACAUCAGGUAUUUGUACAAGCUGUGCGACCUCCACAAGGAGUGCGACAACUACACGGAGGCGGCGUACACGCUGCUGCUGCACGCCAAGCUGCUGAAGUGGUCCGACGAGCCGUGCGCCGCCCACCUGACCCGGCGGGACGGAUACCAGGCCACCACUCAAGGCCAGCUCAAGGAUCAGCUCUACCAGCAGAUUAUCAAUUACUUUGACAAGGGCAAGAUGUGGGAGGAGGCCAUCAUCUUGGGGAAGGAACUAGCCGAGCAGUACGAGAAUGAAAUGUUUGACUUUGAGCAGCUUAGCGCCUCCCUGCGCAAGCAGGCUCAGUUCUACGAGAACAUCGUCAAGGUGAUCCGGCCCAAACCCGAUUACUUCGCCGUGGGCUACUACGGCGUGGGCUUCCCGUCCUUCCUGCGGAACAAAAUGUUCAUCUACCGCGGCAAGGAGUACGAGCGCUGGGAGGACUUUGAGGCGCGACUCCUCACGCAGUUCCCCAACGCCGAGAAGAUGAAGACCACCACGCCGCCCGGCGAUGACAUCAAGAAUUCCCACGGACAGUACGUCCAGUGUUUCACGGUGAAACCCAUCCUGGAUUUACCCGCCAAGUUCCAGAACAAGCCCGUUGCCGAACAAAUCCUCAGCUUCUACACAGUCAACGAAGUCCAUAAAUUCCAGUAUUCACGGCCGGUGAGGAAAGGCGAGAAGGACCCAGACAACGAGUUUGCUAACAUGUGGAUCGAGAGGACCACAUACACGACGGCCUACAAGCUGCCGGGCAUCCUGCGCUGGUUCGAAGUCAAGUCCAUGUGCACUGAUGAAAUCAGCCCGCUGGAGAACGCCAUGGAAACCAUGCAGCUGGCCAACGACAAGAUCAGCAGCAUGGUGCAGAAGCACCUCAAUGACCCCAACCUUCCCAUCAACCCCCUCUCCAUGCUGCUCAACGGCAUCGUGGACCCCGCCGUCAUGGGGGGCUUCGCCAACUACGAGAAGGCCUUCUUCAAUGACAAGUACACGCACGAGCACCCGGAAGACCAGGACAAGAUCGACAAGCUGAAGGACCUCAUCGCCUGGCAGAUCCCGCACCUGGCCGAGGGCGUGCGCAUCCACGGCGAGAAGGUGACGGAGGCGCUGAGGCCUUUCCACGACCGCUUGGAGGCCUGCUUCAGGCAGCUGAGGGAGAAGGUGGAGCAACAGUACGGAGUCAAGACGCUGCCGGCGGCGGACGAGCGUCGCGGUCCUCGUCCUCACUCCAUGAUUCGUUCCUUCACCAUGCCGUCGUCGCAGCGGCCUCUGUCCGUGGCCUCCGUCACCUCCGUCUCCUCGGACAAUCCGCCCUCCAGGCCGGGAUCUGACGGUUUCGCCCUGGAGCCGCUGCUACCCAAGAAGCUGCACACCAAGUCCCAGGACAAGUUGGACCGCGACGAGCCCGAGCGUCGGGACAAGAAGAAGGAGAAGCGCAACAGCAAGCACCAGGAGAUCUUCGACAAGGAGAUGAAGACCACCGAGAUCCCGCUGCAGCCCGCCGAGGCCGUCAUACUCUCUGAGACGAUCAGCCCGCUGAGGCCUCAGAGGCCGAGGAGUCAGGUGCUCAGUCAGAUCGCGGGAGACCGCCGCCUCUCCGUGUCGCCGGGACCGCCCGCGACCUCGUCCUCGCCGGGGCCGCCGCCCGUCACGCCCCGCAGCAAACUCUCCUUCAGCCUGCACGCCGUUUCCAAUCUGGAGCUGAACGGGAUUGGCUGCGCCGACAAGCUGGAAGUCCCGCCUCCGCUUCCCGUCAAAGGCAGCACGGCCGAUUACGGCAACCUGCUGGAUAGUCAAGACUCGAGCGCGCCCGCCUCCGCCGCGACCACCACGCCGCCGCCGCAUCAACGGCAUUUACCGCCGCCGCUGCCCAGCAAGACGCCGCCGCCGCCGCCUCCCAAGACCACCAGGAAGCAGGCGUCCAUCGAUUCGGGAAUUGUACAGUAAGCGCAAAGAUGCGGACAACUGAGACGACCACAAAAAUGGCGACUGCCCCCCCCCCCCCCCCAACAACACACACGCGCGCACACACAAAGAUACCCACACUCCUGACCCACGUUGACAAGAUGAAUACCUCAUUGCGGUCCUUUUCAGUUUUUUACCCUUUAAGUCAUCAAGACAUCAUGAAUUUGAAUGUCCCGCUAUGUAUGUACAGAGGUUUGUAUAUAGGAUUUUAUUCUUUUUGUUUUUGUACGUGAUUGUUUGUAUUAACGCAUUAUUAGAUCACACGAGGCAUUUUUACAACACGAGAAACAAACCCACCCCCCCAAAAAAAAAAAAGGCUGUCGAGUGACUUUUACCGGUGAAAAGUUUGCCGUGCACAAAGCGACUGACUGAACGUGCGCAUGAUUUUAAAUAUGAACUGCUCCAAAUUCACUACUGACACCACUUUUUGAAUAAACAUUCACUGUGUAUGCAUUGUUCAACCAAAA